CGGAGAAAUUUGUGCAAUUUAAGAAAUUAAUUACGAGGGUCGGUGUUGUCUAAUCCUCUAGAGCCCACAAGCUCUUCGUUAGGCCGCCCAUCUUUAUUGCCCAAAUGCAGUGAAGGUAACUGGGGAGUUUCAAAGGGGGCAAAGUCAAAUGCUUGGCAGGUGGGAUUUGACUUCCCAAUGCCGCAAUACCUUACUCACAUGUCCCAUGGGUUUUCCCCGUCUUGGUGCUGUCAACCUUUUGCGCUUAGUGCUUCCCUCGUGGACUUUGCUUGUUCCUCUUCCAUUUCUUUGCUUCUUUUUUAGGCUGAAGUUUCACUCUUACCCAUAUUUGUCCAUGUUCAGAUCAAACCGAUCGUUCCUUUACUACAUCAAAAAACAAACAAAACCCACCAAAAUUCUGCAUUUCAACCUUCUGAACACUUCACAACAAUGAAGGUCCAUUCUUUUUAACAUCAAAAUUUUCCACUUCUUACUGCCUGAAAUCAACUUGUUAAAGUAUGUUAUAUUUCAUUUUGUUUAUACAGGCGUUGCAGAUUGGAUUAUGGUCAGUUUGGCUAUCUGGGGUUCUCCUAAUUGCUCUCUCCCUUUAUGCUACACAGAGGUUACCUCUCUCCAAGAAUCUAAUUUUCAGUCAUGGAAGUUUCAGCGACCUGGACACUCCCAAAAUCACUAUUUUCACAGCGCCUACUCCGUUUAAAGGCUCUUUAGGAACUAAACAGAGCCUAGCUAUUCGUUCAUGGCUUGCUUUAUCUCCUCAAAUCAGUGUCAUUCUCUUUAGUCAACAUCCUUCUGUUGCUUCUUUUGCCAAUUCUUUUGGUUCCAGGGUUUUGGUCGAACCCGAUAUUGAUUUCACGUUUCUAGGGGUUCCAUUUUUUCAUUCCAUGGUGGCAAGGUCACGGGCAUUUACAUCUGACGUAUAUGCUUUUAUCAAUUCGGAAACCAUUCUCCUGCCUGACUUUGUUCUGGCAUUGACUUAUGCUCAUGAACUUGAUCGUGAUUGGCUCCUUUUUGCUUCUUCGCGAAAAGUUUCAACUUUCCCAUUCUAUCUGGAUGAAGAUAGGAAAUAUUGGCUAAGAGAAGGUGGCAAAAGGAUAGGAAUUCAGGAGUUGCAGGAGAAACUUGGCUCAAGUUGGCAGUGGAAUUGUUGUGAUGGAAGAAUGAUGAUAGCAUGGAACAAUGGAGAGCUGCCCUUACAUCAUGGAGUGCUUCCUCCUUUCCUGUAUAGUAGGGGAGUUCACAAUCACUGGCUCAUUAACGAGGCCUUGUCCAGUGGAUUCAGGUUUGUGUUUGAUGCAAGUUGGGCCAUCUCAACUUUUGUUCUGGAUGAUUCAAGGAACUGGUCUAAUUGUUUAGUUAAGAGCUCCAUUGUUUCAGACAUUGAAAAGGGAAGUUGGGAAUAUGAUGGCAAUUCCCAUCUUGCAGCACUAUAUGGAUCAUCAUCUCUUCACAAAAUUAAUUAUUCUGGUUUGAUGGAACUUUUGAAAUGUGAUGCUCAAUUCCUUAUUAUUAAUACUACAGAAGAUACCAUUCAUCCAUAUGCCAACAAAAGGAUGAGCUUAUGUAAAGGAAGCAUCCCAAAAUGCUGGAAGUCAAAGAAAACUUUGCCUUGUAUUGCUGGAAUUAAAAAGUCACAGAAUGGAGUGUCAGGUUGCUCUCUGAAAGAUCAAUUAGUUCCCUCAAAAACAUUGAAGUUCCCCUUUUCCUUAGAGUCACUCCUUGCAAUAAACGCAGACAAGAAUAGAACAGUUGUGCUCACAGUUGCUGGAUAUAGUUACAAGGACAUGUUAAUGAGUUGGGUCUGCAGAUUGAGGCGCCUCAAAAUUACUAACUUUUUGGUUUGUGCUCUUGAUUAUGAGACCUAUCAGUUCUCCAUAAUGCAGGGCCUACCUGUCUUCAAUGAUCCAUCAGCUCCAAGUAACAUUAGCUUUAAUGACUGCCACUUUGGAACAAAAUGCUUUGAGAGAGUAACCAAGGUGAAAUCCAGACUGGUUUUAAAGAUAUUGAAGCUAGGGUACAAUGUACUUUUGAGUGAUGUGGAUGUAUACUGGUUUAGAAAUCCAUUGCCAUUGCUUUCCUCUUUUGAUUCUGCCAUUCUUGCUGCUCAGUCUGAUGAAUACAACCAGACAGGACCUAUAAACUUACCUAGACGCUUGAACUCUGGUUUUUACUUUGCUCGUGCUGAUGGUCCAACUAUUGCUGUCAUGGAGAAGGUAGUGAGGCAUGCUGCAACUUCUGGCCUAUCUGAGCAACCAAGUUUCUAUGACACAUUAUGUGGGGAAGAGGGUUCCACUCGCAAAGGUGAUAAUAGAUGUGUGGAACCUGAAACAAAUUUAACUAUUCAUUUCUUAGACAGAAACCUUUUUCCGAAUGGUGCAUACUUGGGGCUAUGGGAGAGAAAAAAUGUGAAAUUAGCAUGCAAGAAACAGGGUUGUCUUGUUCUUCAUAAUAACUGGAUUAGUGGAAGAAUGAAGAAGCUGGAGCGUCAGGUAUUAUCAGGCCUAUGGGACUAUGAUAUUACCACAAGGAUGUGCUUGCUCACAGAAUAAAUUGACUAGAAAUUUUUGAAACGUAGUUGGUGAGUGUUGUCAUCUUAACUUUUAUAUGGAUAACUUUGGGAUUCUUGCGCAAAUGAACAAAAGAGAAGGCCAAUGUUGCUUGUGUAAUGCCUCGGUUUUAUCAAUCUUUCUCUGGGAGAAUACUAAACAAGAGAAGCCGGCCAUAAAAUACAAAAUGGCAUCCAGAUUGGGUAAUGCAGAAGAAUACUUUCAUUAAACCUAAGACGGUCCUCCAUAUCCCAUGCUGCAGAAUCUAAUGAAACCUCUGGAUCAGGUAGCGUUUUAUCCCCAGCUAUGCUGAAGAGCUGUGCUCCAUUCUUAGGUUUUGUCAGGCAUGCCAACCAUGAUUCUGGAAGCAAAAAAGCUCUGGGAAGAACUCCCAUGUCUGUUGACUUGUCCCAAUCAAGGGACAUAUCUGUGAGGAUAGUUCAUGCAGGUGGACGAGAGGAACUUUAUCAAAAUGCUGUUCCUGUAUCUCAUCUCAUGGAAAAAUAUCCAGGGAUGUGUAUUGCACGUCCAGAAGUUUUCAAUAAUCCUCAUGAGUCCCUUUUAUGGCCUGAAGAUAGCCUGUUGCCUGGUCAAAAGUAUUACAUAAUCCCAUCCACUACAGCCCUAAAACUGAAGCGUAAACACCAGGAGAAGGUUAAGGUCAAAGGAGCUGCUGAAGGCAGAGAAGAUAUGUCAGAUGCAAGGAUCACUUGGGAUGUAAGCGGAGAAAACUUGGAGGAAUCUGUUCAUUCUGCAAAAGAAUUCUAUGUUACCAAGCCGUCCAAGGCUUCUAAGGUUCCAAAGCAGAGGCAACCUAGAUAUUCACUGCGAACAGGUGGAAGGGUAAAGAAGCCUUUUGUACCCCCACUCCCAAGGACAAUAUCAUUGCGGGAAUCAGGGUGGGAACCAAGUUUAACUUCUGUACAGGAACUUUCUCCAUGACUGUUUUUCUACCUGAAGGUUUUCUCUCUUCCUGUUCGGGUAUGUGAUCAUGCAAAACAGUGAAUUGCCCAAUAUGCCUGUCAGUUUCUUGAGAUGUUUGUAAGUCUAGUAUAACAACUUAAAUAAAUUGAAAACAUCCAAUUCUCAUUUCUAUGUUGUACUUGUCAUGUUUUUUGUAUUAGAUGACCCUUUGCAGAAAGAUGUUGUUUCAAUAUUUUCCGUUGUCAUAUUCUUCCGCUA